AUGGCCAAAGUGGCCAAGGUUGGCCUCUGGAAGAGCCAGGCCGGCUCCCUGCAGGCGGGGCCCGGUGGGCCCGAGGCGGCGCGGGAGCUGCAGCAGGCGCAGGGUGCCUUGGCCGUGGCGGAAGCCCGAGAGGGCCGACUGCGGCGCGGCCACGCGGAGGUGAGGCGGCGCGCGGAGGACGCUCGGCAAGCGCUGCUGUGCAGCCUGCGCCACGUGCGCGAGCUCCAAGCGCAGGCGCAGCAAGUGCCAGGCCUGCAGCUCUGGGUGCAGCAGCUAGAGGCGGAGCUGCGGCGCUACAGAUCAGAAGUCACCCAGCGCCCAAUGUCACCACAAGUCUGCCAAGAGCGAGACACCAGCAGUGGGGAACCUGAGGGCAGUGUGCCCAGAGACCCAGGCCCUGCCCCCGAGAAAGCAGCCUGGCCGUCAGACAGCAGCUCUGGAAGCAGACACCCCGAUGAAGGGGGACCAGCUGCGGGUUCCCACCCAAAGGUGCACCGAUGGGGGAAAGCAGCUCCCCUCCCCUUGGGUGCUCUCCUUUGUUGCAGGUGCAAUGGGCAGUCUGCCAAGAAUCACGUGACUCACCUCGGCCACUUUGGCCACGCAGGCCACACCCACAGCCUAGGAGAACUGGAGGCCCACCUGGCCAUGCUGGUGGGGACACAGGCCUGCAGCGGGAAGAGCCUGGGUCCCACUGGGAAGGAGGCUGAGCUGCAGCGGAAGAUGGAGGAGAAUGAGCACCUGCGGCUGGAGCUGCAGAUGGUGGAGACGGAGCGAGUGCGGCUCUCCCUGCUGGAGGAGAAGCUGGUGGACACGCUACAGCUCCUGCAGAGGCUCCGGGCCCUGAACAUCUCGAAGAGAGCCUUGGGGAAGAUUCUGCUGAGCACCCUGGACACGUGCAGGGAGCACACACAAGAGGGGAGAACCGGGCCGUUGGCCACCCUGGAUGCCCUGCACCAAGCCCUGGCAGGCUGCAAGCUCUUACACACACAGUCUUCAGCUCCUGUCUCCACAUCACCUGCCCUCACCAACUCUCUUCUCAUCUCCUGCUGAGCACCAGCCGGGGGCUUUACCGUGCUUCCCCUGGCCAGCUGGCCACUAUUGGAGCAACACCAGUUUGGCUGGCCACCAAUCAGACCAUCAGCCAAGCUAUCAACAAGCAUCUGGCCCACCACAGCGUCCACACUGCAUUGUGAUCCUCUACAGGCAGCCCAACUUCCACCAUGCCAGGUUUAUAAGCAUGGGCCCGCUAGGGGCCCUCACUGUGACCACGGAGGCCAAGAGGCACCGGAACGUUCUAAGACUGGCCAGAGCCCAACACCUCCCACCUCAGAGACUGGCAUGUCCACCCCCUAGGACACCUCCUGCCCCUGUGUGUCUGCUACCAGGGUCCACAGGAAAUCUGGCAGAGGCUGAAUCAGCCUGUCCCUGGGGCUGUUUCCCCUUCCCCUUGGAGCAGAGACACCUCCUGUCCUGCCCAGCCCAGCCCCACGGAGCCCAACGUCCCUCCCAUGGCAUCCCAGAGUCCCCUCAUUUUCUUGUCUUUUUUUUAAAUACUUUGAUUGAGGGCUCUUACAUCUCUUAUCACA